CUCACCGCAGUCGGCGCGCCGCCCGCGCGCGAACGAACGUACGCGAACGAACGCGCGAACGUUCCUCGUACCACAGAAUAGCGAAUGAUAUUAAUCUGUGCUCAAUACGUACAUCACCGGCUUCCGUACUCCCGCUUAGUUACUGUAUAACCCAACCAAAUUGAAAAGUGCGCGAUGUUCACUCACCAAGACCAAUCGUAUCGUAUCGUAUUGUCGUUCGUAAUUUCGCCGAAUAACGCGCCAUCAAUGUAACACGUGAUAUUGUUUACACAAUUCAUUAUCAUUUGCUAUCGCGUUAAAUCUUAAUAAAUACAAGUGAUUAAAAGUUACAUAAUAAGUUAAAAAUAGUGUAACUUAUUCAAAAUGUCUGAAACAUUGGAAUGGACAAACGAAGAAGUGAUACGUCUGAUAAAGGCGUACAAAGCGAAGGGAAUGCUGUGGGAUCCCAACCACGACCUGUACCGAGUCCAGACAGCGAAGUACGAGGCUUGGUGCGAGCUGGCGGAGCGCUAUGGCUGCGAGGUCGUGGACCUGAGGAAGAAGUUCAACUCGAUCUUCGCCUCCCAUCGGCGGGAGAAGGCGAAGAUCCGCCAUGGCGGCAAGUCGUCAUGGUUUCUGUACAACCACUUGAGCUUUCUGCCGAGUCACAUUUAUAAUGAGGAGUCAGAAACGAAAACAACACCUAUGAAGAAGCCCUCAGUGGACGAACCACAUGAACCACCAGACGAACUGCAGUCAGAUACCGAAGAAUACGAGGAUAUCAACAGCCAUAGCCCGGUCCACAUCAUCGUCAAAGAGGAAGCAGAAAUCCCCGAUACCCCGCCCAAAAUCUACCGCCCAAAAUCCACGAGAUUGGUGCGAAAGAGAAAGAUACUUCACGAAGAUGAUAUGAUAAUAGAGAAAAAGGAUGUAUUGAAUAGGAAAAUGUUGAAAAGAUCCAAAUUUUACAAGAAAAAGGACGAAUGUGACAGCUUCGGGGAAUACAUCGCGAUGUCGCUGAGGAAACACGACGACCGGACGCGGUCCAUGAUCAAGCAGGCCAUCAACAACAUCCUGUUCGAACAAGAGAUGAAGAAGUACAACUCGGGACACUACGCUGUGAUCUACACGGAUGAGAACCCGCUGAUCGUGCCGGACGACAAGUAACGACAUAGACAAGGCCAUUCAUGAUCCCGGUAUUGACUUGACCAUAAUUAAUUUAAAAGUAUUUGUCGGACUUUGCCGCACUGAUUUGCCAGAUUUCCACGGAAACCAGCGGAGUUAGUCGGGUGUAGGUAUACAGACGAGCAGUUAAAACAUUGUUGUCUGGUAAAAAACGAGAGAUUAUGUGCACGGUCGAAUAUCUUGCAUAAUUACGUUCCAUCACGCGUGCACUAGAUGCAAUUUUCCUUAAUUUUUUGCAGCCGUCAAUCCAUCUAGAACAGUUGUCUACGUGAGCGAAGGCACGCCCGACGGCGCCUCCUAUCUCUACACUUCUACUAUCAACAAUGGCUCCAUUAUCUACUUAUUUUUUAUACAUUGCUUCUUUUGUUUUAUAGUAACCACCUUCUCUAUUCUAAUAAUCUGCAAUGUAUACCAACUCAACGAAUAAAUUAAAUUAUGACUGUCUAACUAUUAGAGUAAAAAAUG